ACUGUCGAACCGCCGGUUUCAAAACAAGGACCUGCAUACAGAAUUGGAUUGCCGUGGUCUUGUGAACAACACUGUGAAAAUUGUACUUAAAAAGAAGACUUUAUUCUUGUUAUUUCAAUAUACAGUAAUAAUAUAAUGGCAAGUAAGAAAGAAGAUCUACGCGUUAAAGAUGUCCCAGAUAUAAUAGUUGAUCCGUCAUCAAGAAAGCGGUAUAUGAAAGGAAGAUUUCUCGGCAAGGGCGGUUUUGCAAAAUGUUAUGAAUUAACUGAUGUUGACACUAAACAAAUAUAUGCUGGGAAAAUUGUUUCGAAAGCUCUUCUGGUCAAACCUCAUCAAAAAGAAAAGAUGUCAAUGGAGAUAGCAAUUCAUCGUAGCUUAAAUCAUCGUCAUGUUGUUGGUUUCCAUGGUUUCUUUGAGGAUGACAACAACGUGUACAUACUUUUAGAGAUUUGCAGAAGAAGAUCUCUAAUGGAACUCCACAAGCGUCGUAAAGCUAUCACUGAACCGGAGGCACGAUUUUUUAUGCACCAGACAAUUUCAGGCGUACAGUACUUACACAAAACCAAAGUUAUACACCGAGAUCUUAAGCUAGGAAACUUGUUUAUCAAUGACGAAAUGGAAAUAAAACUUGGAGACUUCGGCCUUGCGACCAAGAUUGAUUUUGAAGGGGAGAGGAAAAGAACAUUAUGUGGCACACCUAAUUACAUUGCUCCAGAAGUACUUGCCAAAAAAGGACACAGCUUUGAGGUUGAUACUUGGUCUCUUGGAUGUAUCAUGUAUACUUUGCUGGUUGGUAAGCCGCCUUUUGAGACCUCAUCCUUGAAAGAUACCUACAUGCGCAUCAAAAAGAACGAGUACUACAUCCCUUCCAAGGUGUCAUCCUGUGCACGCUCUUUGAUCCAGCGUCUACUGAAGAAUGACCCAUCACUGCGGCCAUCUGUUGAAACACUACUGCACGAUGAGUUCUUUACAAGUGGAUAUAUGCCGCCAAGGCUACCAACCUCAUGUUUGACAAUGGCACCACGCUUUGCCAAUAAUGGACCUGCUGUUCAAACAAGAAAACCACUAUUGGAGCUAAACAGUGCUGAAGGAUCUAACCACAAAGAAGCUGUAUCACGCAAGUCUUCUAAGCCAGAUUGUAACAAACCAUCUCAACCUAAGGAAAGUGAAGGAGAUGAACCAACUGGAGAUUAUUACCUUGAUGAACUACUAGCACAACUUAACUCAUUAUUACAUAGCAAAGCUCAUGAAAUACCUGAUCCUCAGUUAGAUGAAGCCGAGGAUCCUGCAGCCAUACCAAUCCUAUGGGUCAGUAAGUGGGUAGAUUACUCUGAUAAGUACGGACUUGGCUACCAGCUAUGUGAUGGCAGUGUUGGUGUACUAUUCAAUGACUCUACAAGAUUGCUACUUAACUCUGAUGGAGAGAAUGUACAGUACAUUGAACGUGAGGGACAGGAGUUCUUCCACACUUUGAAAAGCUUCCCUCAAGACCUUACUAAGAAGAUCACCUUAUUGAAAUAUUUCCGCAACUACAUGAGUGAACACCUCUUGAAGGCUGGUGGAAGUAUGACACCUCGUGAGCCCGAGACAAUGGCACGUUUACCUUGGCUUCGUUCAUGGUUCCGCACUCGUAGCGCAAUAGUUCUCCAUCUCACAAAUGGUACACUACAGAUUAACUUCUUCCUAGACCAUACCAAGAUUAUACUUUGCCCUCUCAUGGCCGCGCUUACGUAUAUCGAUGAAAAGCGUAACUUUCGUACAUUCCGUAUGAAGCAGCUUGAACAGUCUGGCUGCAACAAGGAGCUCCUCAGUCGUGUGCGUUAUGCACGUACCAUGGUCGAACGUCUUAUGACCUCAAGAUUCUCUGGCAAAGGAAAGACAUCUACUACAGCAACAUCUUAGUUGGUUUUCUGUACAUAUUAAAUGUUAGGUGUAUACAGAUGACUUGCUUGUAUAUAGAGAUUAUACCCAAUUUGUAUUGUUAAUUUUUUAUUACAGGUUUCAUACUUAUGAACAGAAUAUUGCCACUGAAUUUUGAAAGUGCUACAGUAAUCCUAAUUGUAAUGGAUAUUUAUCGAUGGAAUUAUGCUACGCUCUGCAUUAGCCAAUCACAGGAUCUUGUGAUGUUUAGAUUCUCAAAAGCAUAGGAGAGUGAUGGCAGCAAAAUAAUCACAUGGCCAUGUGAUGAAAUUUGGCACAGUAGUCCCUGUGAUGUCAAAACCAGAUAAUCCUAUGUCUUUGUUUAAAAAGAAAAAUAAUCAUGUUUGUAAGCUGCUACUGGAAUUUCAUGUUGUCAGUUUAUAUAGCAUAAAUGUUUACUUAUUUUUUUGACUGUCAAAUGUGUUUUAUUUAAAUCCAAAUCUUAGUCUAGAAAAAUAGUACGCAACAAUAAGAAUGAUUUUUUAAUUUUAUCAAUUGAAUGCUAAUCAUUUUCUAUAUUAUAUUAUGCUGCCAUACUAUAGUUGCUUGUAUUUUUAAGCAGGGAAUUAUUUUGUUUGUAUUGUAUUUUAUUACAAUACAAUACAAACAAAAUGAUUGUAUUGUAUUGUAUUUUAGUACACUACAAUGGUAAAGUUGAUUGUAUUUUUAAGCAAUCAAGAAUUAAUAUAUCUUACAUUUUUUUCAAAUAUGGUAUUGGAUAAAGCUCUGUUCACUCUACCUAAUUUCAAGUGACAAAAUACCUGUCACAGAUCUUGAUAGUGUAAACAGACCUUUUUUUCUGCAAAGCUGCAGCACCCCCUAUUAUAUAGCAGCUUUAGUGUGUUGUCAGAGAGAGAAGAAACAUGAAUCAAUCAUCAUUGUAUAUAUACAGUAUACUGUUUAUUGAAAAUCCUAUGGUUUCUAUAAUGUACAAAUCACUGUGUCAAAAUCUUAAAUGUUAUGAUUUUCUUUGAUGAAUUUAGAUUAAAUUGUAGAUACUGAGAAAAA